UGACAUGAACAUGGAAUCCCAUCUCAACUACCAUUCGGCAACGGCUUACAAAGAAGACAUCAUUGAAUAGAAUGAAGGGAAUAUUUCAAUCUGAAAAAGGUUUAAUGUCAUAAUUUCAUCCUAUCUUGAAUAGCUGCUAACUACUUAAUCUCUAUCCCUAUCUCACCUCUUAUACAAAUUCUCGCAUCUCUAGUCACAAAAGAACACAACAAACAAACAAACAGGGAAAAUUGCUGAUUUGGUUUCUCGUUGUGACUUGCAGUUGCUAUCAUAAGAAACACCCUGUCUUCCAUUUUGUUGAAGCGAAGCGUAAAUUUGUUCAUAAUAUCGAAGAUAUACAAAAUUUAUAAAGAAAAUCAUUUGGGUGUUCUCGAAUCCACUGUUUUAGAUGUGGGUGUGAGUGGAUGAGAAAUGUGAGAAAUGGGUCGUUAGCAAGAUUAAAGGAACAGGAAGAUCCAGGUCAGACGUUUAGGUUUUUGAGGGAUUUUUGUUUCUUGGGUGGAGACUGGCUUGGGUAUGGGAAAUACAAAUGUUAGAGAAGGUGGAGGAAGAAUAGCUGAGGAAGAAGCAGGUGGAGAAUCCCAUGGUGGGCCCGUGCAUGGGCAGAGGGAAACAGGCAGACUCAGUCAUGGUGGAUCUGCUGAGUCGAUGGGGCACUCUCCUCCAGAUAGCCCUGGCCGUUCUAGAUCUCCUGUAAUGUUUGCAUCUCAGGUACCUGUAGCCCCACUCCAAAAUUCUGCUGAACCAGUUCCGAACCAGUCAUGGGCAUACAAUUCAUCUACUUCUGAAGAUAUAUAUUAUGAAAAAGGCAUUCCGACCAUGAUAACUUGGAGCUAUGGUGGCAAUGAUGUUGCAGUGGAAGGGUCGUGGGAUAAUUGGACCUCAAGAAAGCCUUUGCAUAGAGCAGGAAAAGACUUCACUAUCAUGUUAGUUCUUCCAUCAGGAGUAUAUCAGUACAAAUUUAUUAUUGAUGGCGAAUGGAGAUACGUACCUGACCUGCCUUGGAUGACUGAUGAGAUGGGGAAUGUUACCAAUGUUCUGGAUGUGCAAGAUUAUGUGCCUGAGAAUUUGGAAAGUGUGGCUGAGUUUGAACCGCCCCAGUCACCAGAUUCAAGCUACACUGGUCCAUUUCCUGGCCCAGAAGACUAUGCUAAGGAGCCUCCUGCUGUUCCACCUCAUCUGCAUCUCACACUUCUUAAUGUUCCUCCAGUGGAAGCCCCAGGGACGGGGGCUGUGGCACGGCCUCAGCAUGUAAUUCUGAACCAUCUUUAUGUAGAAAAGGGGAGGAACUCGCAAGCAGUCUUGUCUCUUGGCUUAACACACCGUUAUCGAUCUAAAUAUGUCACUGUUAUCCUGUAUAAGCCCCUCAAAGUGAAAUCAUGAGAUGUCUGCUAGUGUUGGAUGGUUGUCACCUUUCUUCCUUGAUUGUGCUUUUUUAUGCGCCAAAUGAACUGAACUAACAUAAUUCAGUUCAGAUUUAAUCUUUUGUAUGUUUUACAUGAUAAAGAAAGGCUCUAGCAUGUCAAAUGCACCCCCAAGUUUUGCUGUGUAUUAGGUGUAAAAAUAGUGUCUGAUUGACAACCUUUUUUUAAUUGUGAAACAUGCCUGCUGAAAUCAAUGGACAUGGAAUGCCAAUAUGUUUUUCCCCGGACCAGGUACAAAAGUAGUUACUGGUACAAACUUUGCUUCCAAGUUAAAGUCACUCCACAGUAAUUGGAUAUCGAGCUGCUCCUCACGUUCCCUCUUUGUUUGAAUAACAAGGAAUGGUGUUGGCUGGAACAAAACCAAAUUUAUUGAAAACCACAAAACCAAGAUUGACAAUGUAAUAUUGGGUUAAAGCUUGUAUAGUUUUUUCUAGUUGGUGUUGGUUACGAUACAGAGCUGCAAAGCUAACACAUGGCUGGAGUAAAUGUACUUGGGUUAAGGCUGAACUUGAAUGCUUUGUCUAUUGAUAUUAUACUUGCCCGGAAACGGAAUGAGCUCUUUGUGCAUGUUGUCAAGCAAGUCA